AUGUCUACAGACCAAAGGCCUGUGACACCACUUUCAUCUGCUGGCGUCAUAAACAGUGUUGGCCAAGCUUGGAAUGAAGUCGGCCCUGUUGCCGAAUCACUGGCAAGGUCCCCGCACUCAACUUUCAAGCGGUUCUUUCCCACAGAUUUCCCGGCAUGCCAUGCUCCCAUUAAUGCUGCCAUCGCAGAAUAUCUCAAGACGAACCAUACCGAAUCGGUCAACACGUCGCAAUUCAAGACAGGUGGAUAUGUUUUUUUCCCAGGCAAAUCGUUGGUCGGGGAAUCGUUCACAAUGGUUAUUCCUUUAUACAUAGUUGGUGAAGUGCGGGUCGAGGAUCUCCACUUAGAUGAAAAACAUCAUUACCAUAUCCCGAGGCCGUGCUAUAUCGAUGUUCCUGAAGGUUCCAAACUGGUGGCGCUGAUUGUUGACUCUAAAUGA